GAUGAGGGAAGAAGGGACACUCGUACAUGAGUUGUAUCGAGAUAACCCACUUGCUUUAUCUGGUUACGACUAUCUCAAGGACUGUCUCCUGGACUGUAAUUGCACCACACAUCCUGUGACAGGUACACACAUAGCUGUGCUGCUGUGUAGGAGAUACCAGGUUUACGAGAACAGCGAUAACUGUAUGUUUCCAGGUCACUUUACCCACCUGAUGUGUAUCUCAGCAAUUAUACAACAACAGCGACGAUGACAAAGCCAGCAGCAACAACUGUCUUUACCAUCUAUUAGGAAGUCCGUUGGAAGUUCGAAGAAAAAAACGAAGUGAAUGGAUUUACUCCGACAGUUCUUUGAAUCCUUAACCAAAGACAGGGAACAAAAAGCUGCAACAUCAUGUACAGAAACCCCUAGCCCUAAAAUCACCAUUAUUUCCGGAAACAUCGCUUUGGCGAAGGCAGAUGUUAUCGUGAGCACUACUCACCCCUGCCUAGACCUUCAAAAGGGUGUGAUGUCACGGAGUGUGCUGGAGCAUGCAGGUGACUCGAUUCAGCAAGAACUACAGGUGUACCUCCAGGCUAACGGUCGUCCUCAGCUGGGGCAGGUGGUGCACACAUCAGGCGGUAAACUGCUUUGUCGGUAUAUCUACUACCUCAGUCUUCCCAGGUGGACAGAUGACGAGGGUGAGGUCUUAGCGUGCGGUGUUGAGAAGUGUCUUGACCUGGCGACCACUCACAAAGCCACCAGCAUAGCCUUUCCCACCCUUGGUGUUGGUUUUCUGGGAUACCCACGGGAUAAAUCAGCCUCCAUUUUAUUUAAAACCAUUAACUCCUGGUACCUCAGCAACAGAGACACCUGUGUGCAGGACGUGCAGCUUAUUGUAUUUCUGACUGACAGUGAAUCCCUGAAGGUCUUUAAUUUGGAGUCUACCAGACUUAGUCAGCAACAGACAGGUUCAUCUGUGUCACACCAGUCACGACCGACUAUCAAAAUCACAUCUGGAGAUAUCUCAAAAACAUGUGCAGAUGUGAUCGUGAGCACAGUGCAUCCGUGUCUGGACAUGAAGAUAGGUACGAUGUCGCAGAGUGUGUUGCAAAGUGGAGGUGAGUCGCUACAAAAAGAACUGACCAUGUACCUCCAAACAAACGGUCGAGCUCAGAUGGGCAAGGUGGUGUGCACCUCGGGUGGAGACCUGCAGUGUCAGCACGUGUACCACCUGAGUCUACCCAUGUGGCAAGUUGACAAAGGCCAGACGCUGAUAUCUGCCGUAAAGGACUGUCUGGACUUGGCCAAGCAGCACGAAGCAAAAAGCAUCGCCUUCCCCACCCUGGGUGCCGGCUUCUUGAAGUACCCAGUAGGUGAUGUGGCCAGGAUUCUGCUGAGCACAAUAUACUCGUGGAUGAACAGCAACCCUGGCGUUUGUCUGAAAGAAGCAAACAUCGUUGUCUUCUCUAAAGACACAGCAAGCCUGGAGGCUUUCAAUGCCGUUAAGGAUCGUAGCUGUGAAGGCAAGGGGUUAAAACUGACAAAAAGUUCACGCCAAGACCAACAAGCUGUGAAACAAGAUCUUUCACAGCCUCGCCACUGGGAGGCAAUGAACAGUGAAAAUGUGAAACUGGUCGACUUGGAUCCCGCCUCUGCUGAAUAUCAGCAAGUUGUGAAGCUCUCUGGCGGGAUGACCGUGAAAAAGAUUCAACGUGUCCAAAAUCCAACCCUGUACCAGCAGUACCAAAUGAAGAAGAAAGAUCUGAAACGCCACAACGCUUCCGGCUCAGCCAACGAGCAGCAGCUCUGGCAUGGCACCAAGGCCGAAAACAUCAGCAGCAUCAUCACCAAUGGCUUUAAUCGUGGCUUCUGUGGACAGAACGGCACGUUGUAUGGACACGGGGUGUACUUCGCGAAAAACUUGAAUUACAGUAAAAAAUUCACCGACAAAGGUACACUAUUACUGGCACUGGUGCUCGUUGGUGAAUCUACCCCGGGUAACUCAGAGCUGAGAGUCCCACCCAAGAAGCCAGGCUCGGACAGGCUGUACGACUCGUUGAGUGGACCAGACAUGGUGGUCCUCUUCCAUGACACCCAGGCCUACCCGCAAUACCUGGUGACACUGCCAUAAAAGGACUGAACUAAAUGGCCACCCCAAUGUGUCCGUCAAUAGAAAUGUUUGUAGAAAUCGGUUGGGUAAAGGGAUGCUUGUUGGCUAGAUGAACUUGUGGACGUGCUGCACCCAGUCAGGAAUGAUCAUCCUUAUUUCAGGCAACUUAUUUAUAAUUAGACUGUAUCCACUUUUGUCCUCUGAUGGAAGCUCUAUUCACAGAAUGUACUGAAAGAAAAAGUGUUUAUUUUGAAUUGAAAAGUGCUACUUAGUGGUGAUUUUGUACAGGGAAUGAUGAGGGAAGGGGGAAAUAAUCACAGAAAGGUUUUGGACUCAAUAUGUAUAGUCAUCUCUAACUGCUUGCUUUCUUUCCAUUUUAAUUAGUUUCGUAACACUGAACUGAAAUUUCCUGACUGAGCUGAUCGAAAACCCUACAUUGUAUCGACAGCACAUGGACAAGAAAUAUAAAAUUAAUCAGCAGAAUACAGAAAUACAAAGAAUAACAGAAAAGGGAAAAAGAUUGAGGCAUUGCCCAGCCCAUAAUACCAUCUCUAACAUCAGCAACAAUGACUUUAACCGCAGCUGAUGCGGCAAACGAUGAAUUUUAUAUUAAAAAUACAUGAUAUCAGUUACUACACAUACAGGAUAGAAAAACAGGCCUCAUCUAUGGCUUUAUCACAGUAGCCAAAAUCCACAUUAAGAGAAAACAAAAAUACAACAAAAGAGUUAAACUUGUGUUGAUCACUGCAUAGUUAGUCUUUUUCUGUGCUUUUCCUCACAUAUAUUUUUAUAAGGACAGAUGAUGCAGCAGACAGAUAUUGUUUUGGAUAAGAACAAGCAAAAUAAAUCAUAUCUUUAAGGCAUUUACUUGAAUCUUUUUGUCACUUACUUUGCAAUCUGUUUUACGGUAUGUAAGACUACUUCAGAAAGAAGAAAAAUGAAAAUUAUACAGAUAAUGAAUGUUACAAGUCAAACAGAAAUCUUUCAGUUAAUUAUACAAACUGCUUUGCCAGUCAGUGCGUAAUGUACCAUGCAGAAAAAUCAAUGUGACAGUGACUUUUCCCCCAAAAUGGAUCUAUGCAUGAUGAAUGACAUGGUAUUUUAUGGCUAGCUUCUCUGUGUGUAUUUGGGCAGUUCGCAGUUAUGAUAUAGUCCUUCUUGCUUGCCACAUGUGAAUAGAUUUGUGCUGUGCUGCUAUGGGUUACAUAAAUUAUUGUGAAGUCAAUUUCGUUAACAACUUAAGAGGUUCAGCUUUUGAGCAAAAAAAAAAAAAACCCCACAAAACUUUUAGAUUAAACUGCAUUAAAAAAGUGGAUUCCUCAGACAUAGGUGUCAUUCAGCUUUGAGUGCAAAUCAAUAACAAUUCCCUUAUUUGAUCCAUCUUAUUUCCACACAUAUCCCGUGUGGAACUCAAAAAUAUGCACAUUUAGAGAUUUUGCCAGAAAAUAAUUCUGUGUUUAUCAUGAAAUAAAAAUUAAUUUUAUUUGCUUUUGUUCUCUUAUCGACUCAUAAUUUGAAUAUUGUACACUGCAUUAUGUGUUUCCAUUUAUAUUUUCUGUAGUAUGUACAAAUAUGUUAGGAACAUAUACUGCAUGCAGAAAGUUUAGAAGUCUGUUUAUGAAUCAAUGCUUUCAGCACUAGCUUUAUACCAUUAAUAUGAGUCUUCUCCACAUUCCUAUAAACUAGAGGCAAGAGCAUAUCACUGUGGAAUAUUUUUAAAGUAUUAAAAUAAAAUUAAAUAUUAGUAUGUUUAUUAAAAUAUUAUUUUACAGCAUUAAAAUGGUGAGGAAAUGGUGCUUUUAAUAGCAUUCUUUAAAGGUAGACAAUUCGGCGUUUUUAAUUUGAGUACACUGAAAUGCUUGUGUAAUCGAAAUAAUGCCAAACGUAUACGCUUAAUUUUUAACCUUUAACGAUUUAUUUUCAACUUUUGAACUGUUAUCUGCUGUCAGCAGCUGGCUGUUGCAAUGAAGUUUCAAAAGUCUUCUGCAUAUAAGAGGGUUUUUAGCUAAGGAGAAUCCCCUAUGAAAGACCUAUAUGUUGCAACCCAGUGUCAGUUUGGUUGACACUACAUCAUCCAGUUACAAUAUCAAAUUAAUAGUUACAGGUGUUCAGAUUUCUAUAGUGAGUUCUGGGAGACUAACAGCACAUAUGUAGCAACAGCAGAAAAAAAUAUUAAAAACUCAACAAUUUAAUGGUUAUGCUAGUUGAUUUGAUUAUGCAGUAAAAAGCUCAUGUAUAGGGAAA